GCAACCACUGAGGCGCACUUGUUUCAUUCGCGACAGAUGGAUUUUCUUCCACACAGUGAGAUAACACAAAUAACCAGACUGCAGAGGGAUGAUGGCGUGCAGAGGCUCAGCUGUCACUUCUCCUGGCCUGAGUUCUGCGAUGAACGCCGAAGUUUCCAUCAGGAGUUUGUGUACGACAUCGCCGUGUUCGCCGCCGCCCGCGGCUUCCCCUGGUCUGAUGUGGUCCAGACAGCUGUGAUCGCCAAAACCAUCUUCCCACAACUGGAUGGUCUGGAUGCACCCAAACUUUUGUCCUUGCUGAGAGGUGUGAUGUCAGAGCGUUUACCGAACCUCACCCCUGUGCACCGACACGAGUUCACCCACUUCCUCGCAGAAGCCUGCCUCGCUCGGCGGAGGCUUUUCCAGGCGGUGGUGAGUGGAGCUGCCAACGUGUCCAUCAAUCAGCUUUGUCUGGAGGUGCAGCUGCCACCCACACCUCCUCCUCUGGCUCAGGGCACAGAGCUGCAUGAGUGGGAGCACUGCUGCCAGCAAACCCAGCUCACCUCCACCCUACGACAGAAGGAGGAGCAGCUGAGGAGCCUCCGACAAGGGCCCAGGGUCACUCUGGGGGAUAUUCCAGAGGACGUGCACUUGGACAAAGAGGGCGUCUCUGAGGUGGUUCGAGUAGCUGUGAGAGCCACUGAGGGUCAGAUGCUGCAGAGUCUGGACCUGGAGGCCUCGCUGCUCAGUGACAUCCUGCAGCUCAGACUGCAGCAGGCAGCCUUGGCCACCGGGGGGCUCCACAACCCUGCGCCCUCCAGUACAGGUCCAGAUGCUGCAGCGAAGGGAAAAAUACAAACAGCAAAAAGUAAAGCAGGAGGGAAAUAAUGUGGAGGAGGAAAACACUGUUAAUGUUAUUUAACAUCACAGACUUAGAGCAGCUAAUUCUACAUUUAUGAGCCAUUAUCCUGUAAGUUUUAUUCAUUGAACAAGGUUAUUAAUGGUUGUUAUACAUUUAUUAUGCUCAGAACCUGGUUAAUGAUCACAAGAGGAUUGGCGAGUGAAGAUAAAUGUUAAGGUAUUGCAAUUAAACUUUUUUUCAUUUAAUUUUUGAAUGAAUUCAAAUUGUAUUUUAUUGUCA